CUCUGUGGCUCUGCUUACGGUGAGAACACCUAGCAGGUGCCAUCAAGAGAGGUGGGUGGUGCAAACCAGUCCCACAAUGAAGCCACAAGGCUGACUGACCCAGAGGAUCAAAACAACGUGUCUAUCUGGAGAGAAGGGUCCUUAACCGAAAUGGUAGCUGGGUACUUCACUCUGGUGUGUGGGAGUAACAGUCUCCAGCUGGUUGGGAGCUAAGGCCCAUGCAUCACAGAGCUGAGAAGCCCCACAUGAUCUCCGCCAUGAUUGGCAGAAAAAAACUUGACAGUUCUUUGUCAGUUUAUCUACCUCUGCCUCAGGGCAAGGCCUUUCUUCAUCUAUUCGCCACGUGCCGGCUGUCAUCUGUCCUUUGUCCAGUGUGCAUUUGGAGCAAUGCGCCUCUCCCAGUCCGGCCUCAGUUUCUUACAGGGCCCGGCUAGGAGAGAGAGUCGGUGUGGCGGCUCCAGGUAAAAGGCCUCCAGGGCUGUGCUCUGGCCUUCCUGGACUUCUGUGCUGUGAGCCUUGUGUAGCCAUUUCUCAUUUACGUCUCAGGGUUCUUGUACCUAACAGAGUCUGUCAGAGCUGUGACGCGCCCAGGACAGAAGUGGGCACUCAUCAGGUGACUGUAAGCUACCUUCAGUGUGAGAGAGAAGAGGCCGGGAGAACGUCCCUGCCUCUUGAGAUGUUUGAUAUAGGAGGUGAAAGAGACAGAUGUGUGCACAUGUGCCAGUCACAAUGGGUCCCCUCUCUUCCCCAAAAGGAGGAGGGCACAAUCUAUGGAACCCAGAAUAAGACCUAUGCAGUUCUUGGGCCUAUCUCUGGGUGUCUUGUGAUGAGAGUCUCACACCAGCCAAGGACUGCUGCUAAUGUUCAGAGCGGCUAUUAGCCUGUCCAGGCUGCUGCCCCUAGGAAGAAUCCAAAUAGUCGUUUACUGCUUAGAUAAACCAAGUUGACUCAGUCCUUCCUUUGAAAACCUCCAAACCGGUCAGGUAGGAAGCCCCACCCUUUGAGGCUGCUAGAGAGUCAGGAGGACUCCCAGUGAGAGUCUUAACCUUUGAUCCCUCCUUAGCCCAUUACCUUUUGUGUGGCCUCUCAGGAGCCCUGUCCCCAACCCCAUCCUGAGAUGGGGCCCAGAACUGAACUGUAAACAUUGUUCUGAAGUAAACAGUGAGAAAGAUCCUCUGGGAGAAAGAAGGCUGGAGGGAACAGAAAGCUUUCCAGGAAGGAAGGUACGGUUGAAAGUGGCGUUGCUGGCCAGUGGUUUCCAGUCAGUGCACAGGACCCAGGCCUACCACGUUACAGGCCAUCUACCUUGGCAUCCUUCCACGUGAUCUCAGGGAGGGAAGUAGAUGGAUUCAUCUUCCCUAGAUGGGAAACUGAGGCACAGAAAGGUUUAGUUACAUGCAACUCCAACUUGGUUCCCAAGUGAUGGCUUCAGUCUGAGUCCAAGUGUUCCAACUCUAGAAUCCGUGCCAUAACGUCCUAUUAGGUGAUGACACCCCGCCAUUCAUUUUUAGAAGACAAAAUCGGUUAUCUAUCUUUUGAAAGACGAUUUCACUGUAUAGUCCCUAGCUGGCCUUGAACACAGAACCUUCCUGCCUUCACCUCCCAAGUAAUGGGUUUACAGUUAUACACCACCAAGUCCAUGGACAUUUCCUUAUUGUUGUGAACAGAAAUCAUCCAGUCUGAUCCUGCAACUCCCAAAAGAAGUUGUUUUUUGUGACUUGGCUUACUGAUGCCAGGAUUGGUACCCAGGCCUCGAUGCCAGUCCCAUCCUAGUCAUUAGGACAGCCCCGAAGUCCUGGCUCUAUGGGCUUCCUAUCCCCCCACUGUGUCUAGAAUGGGCAGUCCUAUCAGUGGCACCUUCUACUUCCGCCCCCACCUCCAGGGUGCCCCCCUUAUGGGACUGGACAGCAAACCUCACCCAGGUCAGGGAAGCCUAUCCGUCUUCCCACCUGCUUAUCUUAAGAGCCUCUGGCAGACCUGGGCAGUGUCUGCUGUGUAAGGAGGCCACUGCUGCCUUUCUCGGUCCCCAGGAAGAUUGGCAGCCUCAGAUGAGGAAGCUGCCUGCUCUGCGGGGACCACAGGUCAGCUCUCUUCUACCCACUCAGCAUGCUUUAGAAGACCAUAGAGCUAUCACACGCCCAUAGGGAGAAAAGCCCAUGCUACAGCCAUGAAUGAUCCCACAGCCCUCUCUGAGCAUCGGCUAAGGUCCCCUCCCUAGGAAGUUUUGCUUCUCCUUUCAGUGGCUGUUUCCUUGUCCCCUCCCCAGCCACUUCUGCUGACCAUAUUCUUGAGCCAGCAUGUCUGCCCGGCUCAUUGCCAAUGGCCACUCCCAUUUCAGAGCCUCCUUAUCCAGAUACAGCUAAGGUUCUCCACAAGAAGAACCAAAGUCAGACAGACCCUCAAAGCUCCCUCCUAAGUCCCCGAGGCCCCCACCCCCAGCUUCCUGGGGUUGAAGAGCCUACCCAGCCAGGGAGGGCUCAUGAGCCUGACUUGCCUCCACCUGUGGGUAGGAGACCCUGUGUGGCAUCACCAGGCCUCUGUUGGAGAAGAAGCUCCCACUGUCCCUUCAGCUUUCUUGGCAUUGUUGCUUCAGUGUGGCUACAUGACCAACUUGAGAGCCUGUCAGGAGGCCGUGCAGAGGAGAGGAGAGGGUCAGAUUUGGAAGCUGUGUGAUGAGAAUCUCUGCCCUGUUCCCCCACAGAACUGCAGGAAGGUCUUCUCACCCACAGCAAUGGGAGGGCUCACCAAUCAAGUGUCUACCCUCUCACUGGGGAGUCACGGCCCUUCUGAGGACCCCUGGAUGAGACGAAGAAGCUGUCUCACUGUUGGACAACCUGUGCAUUCAGGAGGAAGUGGCACCACUUUUGCAGGAAUCAGCAGUGACUGAACAUUUCAGCAUUGCUUCAGUCUCUGUCACUCCUGGGUGCACAACUUCUACAAUGCUGAGCUUUGAGUGUGGGCAAGGAAAACCUCCUCCUGCAUGUGACUCACCGCCCAGCAGAGUUAGUCACCCCAUGGCCCGCCUGCUGACACUUGGAAGCCCUGAGGAAGCUGGCCUCUGCCAGCUCAGGGUAUACCCUCCUAAGGCUUCACACUAAGGUGUCUAGAGAAAAUAGAGGCCCAUCUGCAAGACUGGCUCUCUCCUCGCCUCAGGAGGAACAGUCUAGAGUAAGAAGGUUGGGAAAAGUUAAAGACUCAAGGUGCAGAAACUGGAUGUUACCAUUCCCUUCCAAUCCCAGCCCUGGCUGCUAGCCCUGUUGCAUAUGUGGGCCGACAACUUUGUGGCUGAGGGCUGUGGAGGAAGCCAGGAACACAGCUUCACGCAUCCCUUCGUCCAGGCAGUGGGCAUGUUCCUGGGAGAGUUUUCCUGCCUCGCUGCCUUCUAUCUGCUCAAAUGCCAAGCCAGAAGACAAUCAGACUCCAGUGUUGAGCCCCAGCAGCCCUUCAACGCCCUGCUUUUCCUGCCCCCAGCCCUGUGUGACAUGACUGGGACCAGCAUCAUGUAUGUGGCCCUGAACAUGACCAGUGCCUCAAGCUUCCAGAUGCUGCGGGGUGCAGUGAUCAUCUUCACAGGCCUGUUCUCAGUGGCCUUCCUGGACCGGAGGCUGGCACCUAGCCAGUGGCUGGGCAUCCUGAUCACUAUUGCAGGACUGGUGGUAGUUGGCCUGGCUGACCUCCUAAGCAAGCAUGACAAUCAACACAAGCUCAGUGAAGUAAUCACAGGUGACUUGUUGAUCAUCAUGGCCCAGAUCAUCAUUGCUAUCCAGAUGGUGCUGGAGGAGAAGUUUGUCUACAAACACAAUAUCCACCCACUCCAGGCAGUGGGCAUCGAGGGCUUCUUUGGCUUUGUGAUCCUCUCCCUGCUGCUGGUGCCCAUGUACUACAUCCCUGCUGCCUCCUUCGGUGGGAACCCUCGUGGGGUGCUGGAGGACGCUCUGGAUGCCUUCUGCCAGGUGGGCCGGCAGCCCCUGAUUGCCCUGGCUCUGCUGGGCAACAUCAGCAGCAUUGCCUUCUUCAACUUUUCGGGGAUCAGUGUCACCAAGGAACUGAGCGCCACCACCCGCAUGGUGCUGGACACCCUGCGCACCGUGGUCAUCUGGGUCUUUACCCUCGCACUGGGCUGGGAGAUCUUCCAUCCACUGCAGAUCCUCGGUUUCCUCAUCCUCCUUAUGGGCACCGCCCUCUACAAUGGACUGCACCGACCACUGCUAGCCUGCUUGUCCAGACGCUGGCGACCCCAUACUCAGGAGGGAGAGCAAGAGAGACUGCUGGGUGACAGCCGGACUCCCAUCAAUGAAGCCAGCUGAGCCCGCAGUGGGAUCUCUGCUGCCACCAGAUGGCUGAGGCCAUGCAGACUUGUGGACUGUGAGUGCCCUGUCCCCAAGGCCUCGCCCCACCCAUCCCUGCUGACCUCUGUGUACAGCCGCUACCAGAGAGGAUAGGAAGAUACCAGGUCCUGCUCUGAUCCUGAGGCCUGUAAUGUUGGGACCCAGCCCCCACAGGCCCAGAGAUGGCAACCACUCUCAGCCUACAGUUCUGCUGCACUAGAACAAAAUUGUGAGCUUGAAUAGCAAGAAUUUACAGCCCUGGUAUUUCUGUGUUAUACACUAAGUUGUCAUGGUAGAUUAUCUAGCUUAGGAAUCAUAAACUACAAAGAAGUCGGUGAACAGGUUCAAAUCAGAACUAAGAGACUAUUCUGCAAAGUUGGAAGAUAUUCCUGAAGCCUGUCUAGUUUCUGGUCCGCCGCGGCUGUGGAUCUGUCUGCUUUGCAGCACAGGUGUACAGAAUGUGUCCUUGGUGCCUUGCAGCCCCAGCGUCCUGUGGGCCUCUCUAAUUGUCACUAGCCUGAGAAAAGAGCAGCACACCUGUACCCCUCCUCCCCAUGGUGGGCUCUUUGGUGUUUUGGUUUUGGUUUUGGUUUAGCUUGGGGGUUUUGCCAUUACAUGUCCCUGGCAGUCCUGAAACCCGUGAUGUAGUCCAGGCUGACCUCAAACUCACAGAGAUUCACCUUCUACUUCCUCAAUGCUGGAAUUAAAGGUGUAUAUUGCCUAGCCCAA